CACCACUAACCAUUUGAAAGGCAGAUCGAGUCAUAACAGAGUCUGGUCUGGAAAACGCAUAGCUCCUCCAGCACUAUAAAAUCAGUUGUCCGUCAUUCGCUGCAGAGCUUAUUAACAACAUGCAAAUGCAAAAGAUAUGCAAGGGCAAGCUUUAUUUUUGACCAUAGUAUGUGCCUCCGGGAUUUUCUUUGCUAACGGACACAAUGGACCCGAAGCCAACCGCGAAUUUUUCAUUGAAAAAAUUAAGCAAGAGAAGGAUAUCUACUCUCAAACGAAAACAGUGACUUAUGUUUGUCCAGCUAGGGCUAGAAAAAAAUUUCCAGCUCCAGAUUUCGGAGGAGAAGGAAACCUGAGUUUUGAUGGGUGUGGCAUUUGGACACCUGACCCAACAAAAGAAAAAAACAGACCGCCCUGGUUUAUAGCUACAAAGAGGAAAGAUGAUAGUCACUAUUGUUGGGGAUUAUUGAUUUCUGCUAGAACUGCUAUUUUAUAUUAUUGUGAUGAAUCAUCAAAUUAUUUUGAGAACCCGGAAAGUGUUGACGAAAUUCAGAUUUUCGGUGGCGAGUCCUGCAAUGACGACGAACAAGGAUGCCACUAUAAUAGGCUACUGCUGCGAGAUGCAAAGGCAGUCAGUGUGACACCUUUGCGUUCGCAUUCUUCAAAAGAAAAGUUUUGGUUGAUGGUCACAAGUAAAAUAAGAUUGCAGAACAAUGUCUUAGUGCCAAUUUGUAUUUACAACCGUGACAACUCUGACGACUUGAGCACCGAAAAUUUCUACUAUGGAUCUAGCACCAGGAUCCGUAACGUGAAAUUUCCAUCGCCGGAGGAUUGUUGUGUCAACAAUAAUGAUGAUGGCUUUGAUGAAAUAAUUCCAUAUUGGCGAGAACACUUUGAGGAACAAAUAUGCACUAAUUCGUGGUACCAACGAGUCUUAAUAAAUAGAAAACUUCUGAAUGGAGUAACUCGCCACUAUUUGAGAGGCCUACUGAGUUUUAGGAUGAGCGCCGGGCAUGAUCAGUUUGGGUCAUUUGCGGAUGUAAACGCCUGGUUGAACGAGGUCAUUUCAUUGGCGCCGGACUUGUCUGUGAUUCCACAAACUCCAGCACCGAAAUUACCAACGAAUUUUAGUUCCGGACUCAGCUUCCCAGACUGCGGAAAAGUGCAGAUCAGACAGAACAUUGCAAGAAGGCGCACUAGGACAACCGACGACCUGCGGCCCACAGGCCUUGUAUUUGGGGGCGUCACUGACCAAAAAGGAGCAACUCCAUGGCACGCUAGUUUGAGUGUCCAUGGCAAGAGUGGAAUCGUCAUUGACACAUGUGGUGGCACAUUAAUUUCUAAAACAGCUAUUUUGACCGCGGCUCAUUGUUUGUUUGAGGAAGUAAGCGGAAGGUAUGAAAAACUGAGACCAAGCCUGGUCGAGGUGACCCUCGGAAAAUAUGAUUCCUCCAAAUCCAAUGACUUGGAACCAUCCAGGCAGUCUUAUUUCCCAAAAGAGGUACUGGUUCAUUCUGCUUAUAACCAUUCAGCAAACAACUUCGAAAAUGACAUCGCCUUGCUAAUUUUUGAUACAAACAAUUUCUCGUUCAAUGACAUGGUACAGCCUGUGUGUUUGUGGAAUAAAGGUUCUGACAUUGAAAGCGUUACCAGCGAAUUUGCAGAGGUUGCUGGUUGGGGCUUGACUGCAGAAGGAACCCGCGCUACAAUUUUGCAAAAAGUGGACCUCAACAUUGUCUCACAUCGGACGUGCUUUUCGCAGCAUAAACUAUUUUACCGGAAAUAUCUAAAGCCGACGCUCAAUUUUUGUGCUGGGAGACUGCGCCAAGCAGCGACUUGCGUUGGCGACAGCGGCGGAGGUUUAAUGAUUUACAACCACGGUAGACAUUAUCUACGGGGAAUCACAAGUUCCGCUCCCUUGAAAGAAAAAGUCGUAAAUGGCAUGAGGAUGAAAGUUUGCAACUCGGAAUAUUAUUCUCUGUUCACCGACGUAACAAAUUAUUUGGACUGGAUUGUUAAAAGUGUCCCAGAUAUCAAUUAGAAGGAGAGCUCGGUGUUAAAUUAUAAUUUAAAAAAAAAAAUCAGACGGUGCUACAAUUUAGUUAACACUGGAAUUUUGAGCUAGAAAAAUUGAGAAAUUUUAAUUAAUGUAAUAAAGAACUUUAAUAUACUGAGAAUAAUUAUUAUUUUACA